AUGGAGUGCGUUAACCCUACCCCUUCUGCAGGAUCAUCUUCAAAGUCCAACAAGAGCAGAGAGAAAAGGACUGUGAAGAAAAGCAAGGGAGUGAAGCUUUCCACUGACCCACAAAGCGUGGCAGCAAGAGAAAGAAGGCACAGAAUCAGUGACAGGUUCAAGAUCCUUCAGAGCAUGGUUCCUGGUGGUAGUAAGAUGGACACAGUUUCUAUGUUGGAAGAGGCCAUUCACUACGUGAAGUUCCUCAAGACCCAGAUUUGGCUUCACCAAACCAUGAUAAACCAUGUAGAUAUUGAUGACCCUUCCUUGUUCCUCCCUUCAGUGUAUAAUUUUUCUGAUGAACAAUCCAUUUCCCUUCAGCAAAACCCAUCAGUUUCAGUAUAUUCUCAGCAUAGUUUACCACUGCCACCUCAGUGUUGCUUCCAAGGUGAAGAGUAUAACACUUUCGAUGCCAAUAUGACAUACUGGCCUGCUUAG